AUGGACAGCCCCGUCAACCCAUGGAGAAGUAUCAUCUUGCCGAUCGCCCAACAAUCGGCCUGUCUGAGACUGUCAAUACUCAGCCUUGCAGCGACGCAUUUGUCUGUCACCUCUGGUGGGGAUCCUGAGCAAGCAUCGGCGCUUGUGCAGGUCAACCACAGUCUUCGAGAUGCCAGUCUUCGGGCAUUGAACCGCACAAUACGCUCAGAACUCCACCGUAGCCCAACAGCAGCAGGAGAUAAUGGUGGAACCUCAUCCUUGACAGAAAUGCUUGCCACUAUGUUGGUUCUCUGCUACGGGGAGAUGUUUGUUCCAAACUCGACAGACUGGAAGCUCCACCUGCGCGCUUGUCGCACCAUCAUCGACAGACAUAAACUACAAAACCGACAAAGAGAACUCCAAGACCCUGUCGCACAAUUUCUGCUGAAAGAAGUGGGUGAUGUGGAGGCCUUCGGCAGCUUCUCGGCAUUUUCAAGAGAGCCAAAUCCCAUGGCUGUCGUGCGGCCGCCCACAAUGAUCGAUGGCCAGUUCUGGACCUUUACAGACUUGAUAUUUGAAAUAACAGCGGCAGAAAGACAUCGUUACGAUAUUCUACAAAAGGGCCAAGGACUUCCCGAGGUAGAUAUGAGUACCUGGCGCACCAAACUCGAGCAGGCUUCCGAGCGGGCGUUGACGGGACUCAGUCUUCUCUCUGCAAGAGAAGCAUCCUCACGAGAGCACUUUGAAGCCGUUAUCCGGGCUCACUACUAUUGUCUUCUCAUCUACAGCUACCAGGCCCUAGCAUCUCCGAUGGAAGCAGCACGGAAUAUAAGUCCGCUCAUGGGUCUUCUGUUUCUUGAAAUCCAGAACCUCACUGAAGGUCCAGCACAUCAUUUUUCUCACGAUGUGUUCUUCCCUCUUUUCAUAGCGGGCACCGAGUCCCAGGAAGAUGAGGAGCAUCAGAGUCUACUUCAGUCACUGUUUAUUCGAUCUAUUUCCACGACUGGGGUGUGGUGCAAUCACGCUGCGCUGCAGUUUCUGCGUGCCUUCUGGGCAAGGCCGGAAAGUACUGGGAACUGGAUACAAUUUGCCCGAGAAAAUGAGCAGGAGUUGAGCCCUUUUCUUAUCUUCUGA